AGCAGCCGUCCACGGCCCCGACCCUGGGGUUGCUGCCGCGACGCGCGCGUAGGGAGGUCCUCGCCGACCCCGCGCGCGAUGGCGGCGGCGAGUUUUGCGGGUGCGAGGUCCCGGCUGAGGCUGCUGCUGCUGGCCCUCGCGUGCCUGGCGUGCCAGGCGGCCGGCCUCCAGACGG